AAGAACGCUCAACGGAAGUUAUUGGAAAACAUGGAAACCAAAGACGCUAGUCAGAUUCUGACCUAGUUUACCUUUGCUUAGACGUAUGUAGAAUUUCUAUUUAAAAUACUUUUACAAAUAAAUCAGAUUUACGCUGAUCUUAGAAAUAUCUACGAAGAAAAUGCCUAAACCUUCGCCGGGUGAGGAAAUCGAUCCAUUAGCCUUGGCGAUCACUCGGGACAUGAAUCUUCAAACUUCCAAAUCCAAUAAUGAAGUAGCCAAAUGGGAGCAUGAAGACCUUGCAAAAGUGCGUAUUAAAGUUUUACGUAGUCACACGGAUGCAGUAAACAAAUGUCAGUUCUUCGCGGGAGACAGACAUAUCCUGAGUGCUUCUGCUGACUGCAGCAUUAAAGUAUGGGACACACAGAAAGGCAGCGUACUACACAGCUUAAAUGAUGCUCAUACUAUCAAUGCAGCCGAGGCACAUUGUGUACAAGAUGGUUCCAGAUUUGCCAGCUGUGGAUGGGAUAAAAACGUUCAUGUCUGGGACAUGGAAACAAAGAAAAAGCUGUGGUCAGCAACUCGGAGCAGUAUAGUUACCUGCUGCAAAAUUUCCAGUGAUGGACGCUUGGUUUGUGUUGGAUCAGAUCUAGAUCAUGGAUUGACAGUCUUCGAUGCAUCUUCUGGUGAAAUAUUGCAUGAUUUUAAAGACCAUCACAAGAGCUCCUUGACAAGUUGUGUCUUUUCCCCUGAUAACACACGUAUUGUGACCACCUCCAUGGACAGAACAGCAAAGUUCUUUGACUUGCGCUCCAGUAAAUGUACCAUCACACUGGAGGGUCACACCAAUGUCAUUUCUGCCUGUUCCUUCACACAAGAUGACCGCAAGUUUGCAACAUCUUCUUGGGACAAGACCAUAAAGAUAUGGGAUAUUUCCACAGGAAUGUAUAGAUCUAAAGGUGCACAAACACUGAAAGGAAGUCAUGAUGGUUCAGUCAGCUGCUGUGACUUCACACCGGAAGGCUUGAUGCUGGUGUCAGGAGGGUAUGACUUGAGCAUUGUGGUGUGGGAUGUGGAAAACAAAAUGCAGAAACUAAAGCUUCAGGGACAUGCUGGCUGGGUGACAGAUGUUCACUUCAGCUUGGACCAAAAGUGGUUGCUGUCUUGUUCAAAGGAUAAAACUGUUCGCAUGUGGAACAUCGAAGAAUCAGACAAAAUACCAAUUGUCAUGGAAAAUAAGAAAGCCCAGGGUCUCAAGAUUAUUAAGUGUUCAAAGUGUGAAAAACCCUUUUCCAUGUCACAACUAGACAGCUUCCGUGACGUGACUCUUUGUGUCUUUUGUCGCCUUCAAAGUCCAGAAAAAUCUUGGCUUUCUUUUAGUGACAGCCCUGAGGGUUGAGACGCAACAGCAUUCCACUUAUCAUAAAGAAUCCCAGAACACCAGGCAUUGUUAAAAGAGCAUGAGAUCUUGCUGCUACAGACAGUACUGAUUAUUUGUUGCACACCAAGGACGUAAAUAUGUUGAAAAUAAAACACAAAAGCCACA